GCGGCGCGGGUCGCCGCCCUCAGCUGCGCCGGGCGGUUCCGGCUCCUCCUUCUCCCGCGCCGCGGCCCCACCAUGGUGCUGGAGUCGGUGGUCGCGGACCUACUGAACCGCUUCCUGGGGGACUAUGUGGAGAACCUGAACAAGUCCCAGCUGAAGCUGGGGAUCUGGGGCGGUAAUGUGGCUUUAGAUAAUCUCCAGAUUAAAGAAAAUGCUCUGAGUGAAUUGGAUGUUCCUUUUAAAGUCAAGGCUGGCCAAAUUGAUAAAUUAACUUUGAAGAUUCCUUGGAAGAACCUUUACGGAGAAGCUGUUGUUGCAACCCUAGAGGGACUGUACCUGCUUGUUGUUCCUGGAGCAAGUAUUAAAUAUGAUGCUGAGAAGGAAGAAAAAUCCUUGCAAGAUAUUAAGCAGAAAGAGCUAUCCCGAAUUGAAGAAGCCCUUCAAAAAGCAGCAGAGAAAGGCACACAUUCAGGAGAGUUCAUCUAUGGCUUGGAAACCUUUGUUUAUAAGGACAUCAAGCCUGGACGUAAACGUAAAAAGCACAAAAAACAUUUUAAGAAACAUUUUAAAGGUCUUGAUCGCUCAAAAGACAAACCGAAAGAAGCCAAAAAGGAUACAUUUUUGGAAAAAUUGGCAACUCAAGUAAUUAAAAAUGUUCAAGUAAAAAUCACAGACAUUCACAUUAAAUAUGAAGAUGAUGUCACGGAUCCAAAGCGGCCUCUUUCAUUUGGUGUCACUCUGGGAGAACUUAGUCUAUUGACUGCAAAUGAACACUGGACUCCGUGCAUAUUAAAUGAAGCAGAAAAAAUUAUAUACAAGCUUAUACGACUUGAUAGUCUCAGUGCCUACUGGAAUGUUAACUGCAGAAUGUCUUACCAGGGAUCAAGGGAACAGAUCUUGGAUCAGCUGAAAAGUGAAAUUCUUAAGAGUAGCAGUAUACCCCCAUCCCAUCAAUACAUUUUCCAGCCAAUAUCAGCCUCUGCAAAACUCUACAUGAAUCCUUAUGCAGAAACAGAGCUCAAAACACCUAAACUUGAUUGGAACAUAGAAGUACAAAAUAUCGCCAUUGAACUGACCAAACCUCAGUACUUAAGUAUGAUUGACCUGUUGGAGUCAGUGGAUUAUAUGGUUAGAAAUGCUCCUUACAGAAAAUAUAAGCCUUACUUACCACUUCAUACCAAUAGUCGAAAAUGGUGGAAAUAUGCAAUUGAUUCUGUUCUUGAAGUUCAUAUAAGACGAUAUACACAGAUGUGGUCAUGGAGUAACAUAAAAAAGCACAGGCAAUUGCUCAAGAGUUAUAAAAAUGCCUACAAAAAUAAGCUAACCCAAUCUAAAGUCCCAGAAGAAAUACAGAAACAAAUUCAGGAUUUGGAGAAGUCUCUGGAUGUUUUUAACAUAAUUUUAGCAAGGCAACAAGCACAAGUUGAGGUGAUUCGAUCUGGACAAAAAUUAAGGAAAAAGUCUACUGACACAGGCGAGAAACGUGGAGGCUGGUUCAGUGGGUUUUGGGGUAAGAAGGAAUCUAAGAAAAAAGAUGAAGAACCUUUGAUUCCUGAAACUAUUGAUGAUCUUAUGACUCCAGAGGAAAAAGAUAAGCUCUUCACGGCCAUCGGUUAUAGCGAGAGCACCCAUAACCUAACUUUGCCCAAGCAGUAUGUUGCCUAUAUAGUGGCACUGAAGUUAGUAAGCACCUCUAUUACAAUAAGAGAAAACAAAAAUAUUCCAGAAAUACUAAAAAUCCAGAUAAUUGGCCUGGGCACACAAGUAUCUCAGCGACCAGGAGCACAAGCACUUAAGGUGGAAGCAAAAUUAGAACACUGGUAUAUAACAGGUCUGAGACAGCAGGACAUUGUACCAUCGCUUGUGGCUUCAAUUGGUGAUAUUGCAUCAUCCUUGCUUAAAAUUGAUUUUGAAACCAAUCCAGAGAAUAGUGCUGCUGACCAGACCCUGGUAGUUCAGUCUCAGCCCGUGGAGGUCAUCUACGAUGCGAAAACCAUCAAUGCGGUGGUUGAAUUCUUUCAGUCAAAUAAGGGAUUAGAUCUUGAGCAGAUAACAUCAGCUACACUGAUGAAGCUGGAAGAAAUUAAAGAGAAGACAGCCACAGGACUUACACAUAUAAUAGAAACUCGAAAAGUCCUUGAUUUAAGGAUAAAUCUGAAGCCUUCUUAUCUAAUAGUUCCACAGACAGGUUUCCACCAUGAAAAAUCAGAUCUUAUCAUUUUAGAUUUUGGUACAUUUCGGCUUAACAGUAAAGAUCAAGGUUUGCAGAAGACUAAUAAUUCAUCUCUGGAAGAAAUAAUGGAUAAGGCAUAUGACAAGUUUGAUGUUGAAAUAAAAAGUGUGCAACUACUUUUUGCAAGAGCAGGGGAAGACUGGAAAAAGUGCCGAUUUCAGCAUCCAUCAACUAUGCAUAUAUUGCAGCCCAUGGAUAUUCAUGUUGAGCUGGCCAAGGCAAUGGUGGAAAAGGACUUUAGAAUGGCCAGAUUUAAAGUAUCAGGAGGACUUCCUCUGAUGCACGUGAGAAUUUCUGACCAGAAGAUGAAAGAUGUGCUGUGUUUGAUUAAUAGUGUACCCUUGCCACAGAAAUCACCUGCACAGUCUCCAGAGAAGCAGGUAUCCUCAAUUCCUGUUAUAUCAGAUAGGACAAAAGACCUGCUUGGUACGCCACUGUUGCUAGAUGGGGUGGAAUCAGAGUCUGAUGAUGAGUAUUUUGAUGCUGAGGAUGGAGGAGACACACAGACUAGUAUAAGUAUGAAAGGGUCACAGCUGAAAAAAGUUGCCGAGGCCCCAAAUGAGGAGCUCAUUAAUCUUCUACUAAAGUUUGAAAUUAAAGAGGUGAUUUUGGAAUUUACCAAACAACAGAAAGAAGAAGAUACAAUUCUAGUGUUUAAUGUUACUCAGUUAGGAACAGAGGCUACAAUGAGAACAUUUGAUUUAACUGCGGUAUCUUAUUUAAAGAAAAUCAGUUUGGAUUACCAUGAAAUUCAAGGAUCCAAAAAGAAGCCCCUUCACUUGAUUAGCUCUUCUGACAAACCUGGGUUAGAUCUUUUAAAAGUGGAGUACAUUAAGGCUGAUAAGAAUGGACCUAGUUUUCAAACUACUUUUGAAAAAACUGAACAGACACUUAAGGUGGCUUUUUCAUCUUUAAAUCUGUUGCUGCAUACACAAGCCCUUCUCUCUUCUAUUAAUUAUCUGACAACCAUUAUUCCAUCAGAUGGCCAAAGCAUGGGUGAUACCAAGGAAGCACAAGCUUCUACUGGAAAGCAACCAAAAAAUUCAGCUCUGCAGAAAGUGAUUGCAUCCUCUAAAGACAGUGACAUUAUUCACUUCAGGCUCUUUGCCAAGUUGAAUGCUUUCUCUGUCAUUGUCUGUGAUGAGAAGAACAAUAUUGCUGAAAUCAAGAUUCAAGGACUGGAUUCUUCCCUUUUUCUUCAGUCAAGGAAACAGUCACUGUUUGCCAGACUGGAAAAUAUUAUUGUCACAGAUGUUGAUCCUAAGACAAUUCAUAAAAAAGCCGUGUCAAUAAUGGGAAAUGAAGUUUUUAAUUUUAACUUGGAUUUGUAUCCAGAUGCUACCGAAGGGGAUUCCUACACUGACAUGUCCAAAGUAGAUGGUGUGGUAUCAUUGAACGUUGGCUGUAUUCAGAUUGUUUAUCUCCAUAAAUUCCUCAUGUCACUUCUGAACUUUCUGAACAAUUUCCGGACAGCCAAAGAGGCUCUGAGUGCUGCCACUGCCCAGGCUGCAGAAAAGGCUGCCACGAGUGUGAAAGAUCUUGCCCAGAGGAGCUUUCGUGUCUCUGUCAAUAUUGAUUUGAAGGCACCGGUUAUAGUCAUCCCACAGUCUUCCACGUCCACCAAUGCGGUGGUGGUAGAUCUUGGCUUAAUCAGAGUUCAGAAUCAGUUCAGUCUGAUACCUAGUGAAGACUACUCACACCCUCCAGUAAUUGAUAAAAUGGAUGUGCAGCUAACAAAGCUUAAGCUCUCUAGGACGGUGAUCCAGUCAGGCACCUCCCAUCCUGAUAUUCAACUGUUGCACCCAAUUAACUUGGAGUUUUCUGUAAAUCGGAAUCUGGCUGCAUCUUGGUACCGCAAGGUGCCUGUUGUGGAAAUUAAAGGGCAUCUUGAAUCCAUGAAUGUUAAUCUAAAUCAAGAAGAUCUUAAUCUUUUAUUUAGAAUACUAGCAGAAAAUCUUGGUGAAGCUACUGAAGACCUGGAUAAAGUGAAACCGAGAAUACAGGAGAUGGGUGAAAUUAAAGAGCCACUUGAAAUCUCUACCUUAAAACAAGAUGUGCCUGUUUCACAAGAUGCUUUAACAGCUGGAGUGGAAGAAAUUAGAUCUGUAGACAUCAUUAAUAUGCUGCUGAAAUUUGAAAUCAAAGAGGUUGUGAUUACUUUGAUGGAAAAAGCAGAAAAGAAAGGAAGGCCUUUACAUGAACUAAGUGUCCUGCAGCUUGGAAUGGAAGCUAGAGUUAAAGCCUACGACCUGACUGCUGAAGCUUAUCUGAAAAAAAUUAGUAUGCGAUGCUUUGAGUUCUCUGACUCUAAAGGAGGACCUCUCCACAUUAUUAACUCUUCUAAUGUAACAGAUGAAACCCUUCUGAAAAUGUUAUUGACAAAGGCAGACAGUGAUGGACCAGAAUUUAAAACUGUGCAUGACAAUAUGAAGCAAAGACUGAAGGUUUCAUUUUCAUCCUUAGACUUAGUUCUUCAUUUGGAAGCUUUACUGUCCUUCAUGGAUUUUCUGUCGUCUGCUGUUCCAUCCUCUGAACCUUCUAAGAAGGAACAGGAGCUGAAACCACUUGUCGGGGAGUCCAGAAGUAUCAUUGCCAAAACUGUAUCCAGCAGUACUUCUCAAGACGAUGUGUUUGAUUUAAAGAUCAUAGCUGAAUUAAAUGCAUUUAAUAUCUUUGUCUGUGAUCAGAAGUGUAACAUUGCAGAUAUUCGAAUACAUGGAAUGGAUGCUUCUGUUUCUGUGAGGCCAAAGCAGACCGACGUAUUUGCCAGACUUAAGGAUAUCGUAGUUAGGAAUGUUGAUUUGCUGUCCAUUCACAAAAAGGCUGUCUCUAUUUUGGAAGAUGAAGUCUUUAGAUUCCAAAUGACUCUUUAUCCAGAUGCUACAGAAGGAAAGGCCUAUGCUGAUAUGUCUAAAGUAGACGGCAAACUUAGUCUCAAAGUGGGCUGUAUUCAAGUUGUUUAUGUUCAUAAAUUCUUCAUGUCUCUUUUGAACUUCCUUAACAAUUUUCAAACUGCCAAAGAGGCUUUGAGCACAGCUACAGUCCAAGCUGCAGAAAGAGCUGCUUCCAGCAUGAAAGACUUAGCUGAAAAGAGUUUCCGCCUUCUGAUGGAUGUCAAUUUGAAAGCACCAGUUAUCAUCAUUCCUCAGUCUUCUGUAUCACCUAAUGCUGUUAUAGCAGAUCUGGGUUUAAUCAGAGUUGAAAACAAAUUUAACGUGGUUGCUGUGGAACACUGUCCUCUUCCCCCAGUCAUUGACACAAUGAGCAUCCAGCUCACUCAGCUGAAGCUGUCCAGAACGAUUCUGCAGUCUGGCUUACCACAACAUGACAUUGAAAUUUUAAAACCAGUCAACAUGCUUUUGUCCAUACAGCGAAAUUUAGCAGCAACAUGGUAUGUGCAAAUUCCAGGGAUGGAGAUAAAAGGAAAACUAAAACCUAUGCAGGUUGCUCUCAGUAGAGAUGACUUAACAGUUUUAAUGAAAAUUUUGCUGGAGAAUCUUGGAGAAGCUUCUUCCCAGCCAAGCCCUACGCAGCCUACCCAGGAGGUUGUAAAAGUAAGAAAAGAUGUUUCCAGUGGACUUGACCACCUCAAAGAACAAGAUUUGCCAGACUCAAAGCUUUCUUCGGAUCAGGAUGUCACUCUCCAGUUUGACUUUCACUUUGCAUCUCUUUCCAUUGUCCUUUAUAACAAUGAUAUCACCCAGGAGUCCAAACUUUCAUUUCAUAAUGACAGUUUACGGCUCGGCGAACUCAGACUGCAUCUUAUGGCCUCUGCAGGGAAGAUGUUUAAGGAUGGCUCAAUGAAUGUCAACCUUAAGCUUAAGACAUGCACCCUUGAUGAUCUCAGGGAAGGAAUUGAGAGAGCAACAUCAAGAAUGAUUGAUAAGAAGAAUGGCCAAGAUAACAGCUCUAUGAUUGACAUAAAUUACAAACAAGGGAAAAAUGGAAGUCAUAUUGAUGCUGUUCUUGACAAGCUGUAUGUCUGUGCCAGUGUGGAGUUUCUGAUGACUGUGGCAGAUUUCUUUAUCAAAGCUGUACCUCAGAGUCCCGAAAAUCUGGCCAAAGAAUCACAGAUUCCACUACGACAGACUGCCAUGCCAAAAAUCAAGAUGGAGAAAGAUGACUCUGUAAGACCAAAUAUGACUUUAAAGGCCAAGAUCACAGAUCCAGAAGUGGUGUUUGUUGCCAACCUGACAAAGGCUGACGCUCCUGCUCUGACAGCCUCGUUCCAGUGUAACCUCUCUCUGUCAGCAUCCCAACUCGAACAGAAGAUGGAAGCCUCUGUGAGAGACCUUAAAGUGCUUGCUUGCCCUUUCCUCAGAGAAAAGAGAGGAAAGAACAUUACCACAAUCUUACAGCCCUGUUCUUUAUUUAUGAAAAAAUGUGCAUGGACUUCAGGAAAAGAAAAUAUAGAUAUUAAUGUUGAAGAAUUUAUAAUUAAGAUUUCACCCAUAAUUCUUAAUACUGUGAUGACGAUAAUGGCUGCUAUGUCUCCAAAGGCAAAAGAAGAUGAAUCCAAAGAUGUGUCUAAGGAAACAGAAAAUCUCUGGGGCAUCAAAUCCAUUAGUGAUUAUAACUCUUGGUUUCUUGGUGUUGACAUGGCAACAGAAAUAACAGAGAAUUUCAGAGACAUUGAAACUCCAUCGAUAGAGGAAAAUUGUGCUGUUGUUGUGAAGUCAGUUCAAGUUACCUUAGAAUGUGGCCUUGGGCAUCGAACUGUACCUUUAUUAUUGGCGGAGUCUAAGUUUUCAGGAACUAUUAAGAAUUGGACUUCCCUGAUGGCUGCUGCUGCUGACAUGACACUAGAGGUUCAUUAUUACAAUGAGACCCAUGCUGUCUGGGAGCCACUGAUUGAAAGAGUGGAGGGGAAAAGACCAUGGAAUUUAAAGCUUGCUGUAAAGAACAAUCCAGUCCAGGAUAAAAGUUUGAUGCCAGGAGAUGAUUUUAUUGUAAUUCCUGAGCCACAAACAGAAGUUGGUAUUUCUUCAGGAGACACAAUGAAUAUAACAGUAUCCAAAAGUUCUCUUACUGUUUUCAACAAUUUAGCAAAGGGUUUUUCAGAGGGCGCUGCUUCUACUUUUGACUACUCUUUAAAAGACAGGGCGCCUUUUACAGUAACAAAUUCUGUAGGUGUUCCCAUUAAGGUACAGCCCAAUCAUAAUCUCAGAGUGAUGGGCUCCCCUGAGAAAAGUGGUGUUUGUGAUCUUGAUGCUGGUCAGAGUUUGGAACUGGAGUAUGCCAGCAUGGAACCUUCACAUCAAGGGAAACUGUCCAUACUGAGCCGUCAAGAAAGCUCCCUCUUCACUCUGACCUUUGCACCGCAUGGAUAUACAGAAGUUGCAAAAGUCCCCGUUGCCAGACCUGGACGGCGGUUGUAUAAUGUAUGCAAUCCCAGUGCCAGUCAUUUUGACUCACUCGUGGUACAAAUUGAUGCAGCUGAAGGGAAUAAAGUAAUUACCCUUCGUUCUCCUCUGCAGAUUAAAAACCAUUUCUCUAUUGCAUUCAUCAUCUAUAAGUAUGUUAAGAAUGUCAAGCUGUUGGAGCGCAUUGGAGUAGCCAGGCCUGAAGAGGAGUUCCAUGUCCCUUUAGAUUCAUAUAGAUGUCAGUUGUUUAUUCAGCCAGCUGGUAUCUUGGAGAAUCAGUACAAAGAAUCCACCACUUACAUUUCCUGGAAGGAAGAACUUCAUAGGAGCAAGGAAGUCAGAUGCGUGCUGCAGUGUCCAUCAACAGAAGUCAACUUUUUACCUCUCAUAGUCAAUACAGUUGCUCUGCCUGAUGAAUUAAGCUAUAUUUGCACACAUGGGGAGGACUGGGAUCCAGCUUACAUCAUUCAUCUUUAUCCCACUGUCACUUUGCGGAAUUUUCUCCCAUACGCUCUAACAUAUUUACUUGAGGGAACAGCAGAAACCCAUGAGCUAGCGGAAGGCAGUGCUGCCGAUGUUCUGCAUUCAAGAAUCAGUGGGGAAAUAAUGGAACUGUUUCUGGUGAAAUAUCAGGGCAAAAACUGGCGUGGAUGUUUCCGCAUACAUGAUACACUUCCUGAAUUCCUUCUUGUGUGUUUUUCUUCUGAUUCCGCUGAAGCGCUGACCGUUGACCUGUCAGUGCAUGUCAAGCGCAUUGGCAGCCAGAUGGAGCUGUCCGUCUUUAGUCCUUACUGGCUCAUCAACAAGACUUCUCGGGUGCUCCAGUACCGUUCAGAAGAUGUUCAUGUCAAACACCCAGCUGAUUUUAGGGAUAUUAUUUUAUUCUCCUUCAAGAAGAAGAACAUUUUUAGUAAAAAUAAGGUACAAUUAAAAAUUUCAACAAGUUCCUGGUCCAGUAGUUUUUCAUUGGAUACAGUGGGAAAUUAUGGGUGUGUGAAGUGUCCUGCCAACAAUAUGGAAUACCUGGUUGGUGUUAGCAUCAAAAUGAGCAGUUUUAAUCUUACGCGAAUAGUUACUCUGACUCCCUUUUAUACAAUUGAGAACAAGUCAUCAUUGGAACUGGAAGUUGGUGAAAUUGCAUCAGAUGGCUCAGUGCCAACUAAUAAGUGGAACUAUAUUGCUUCUUCAGAGUACCUCCCAUUUUGGCCUGAGAAAUUUUCGGGCAAACUUUGUGUGAGAGUGGUAGGCUAUGAAGGAUUCUCCAGGCCAUUCUUUUACAACCAGCAGGAUAAUGGCACUUUAUUAAGCUUAGAAGAUCUGAAUGGGGGUAUCUUGGUGGAUGUAGAUAUUGCUCAGCAUUCAACUGUCAUAAGCUUUUCUGAUUACCAUGAGGGAUGUGCACCUGCCCUAAUAAUAAACCACACACCAUGGGACGUCCUCACAUACAAACAGAGGGGGUUGCAGGAAGAAAUGGUACUGCUGCCAAGACAGGUUCGACUCUUUGCCUGGGCAGAUCCUACUGGUACCAGAAAACUUACAUGGACUUACGCAGCAAAUACUGGGGAACAUGAUCUGUUAAAGGAUGAAUGUGGGCAGUUUCCAUAUGAUGCCAACAUCCAGAUACACUGGGUAUCAUUUCUAGAUGGGCGCCAGAGAGUUCUGCUUUUCACUGAUGACGUGGCCUUGGUCUCCAGAGCACUGCAGGCGGAGGAAGCGGAGCAAGCCCGUCAUGAAGUAACGCUGUCUCUGCAUAGCCUUGGGCUUUCACUGGUAAACAACGAGGACAAGCAGGAAGUCUCAUAUGUCGGGAUAACCAGUUCUGGUGUUGUUUGGGAGAUGAAACCAAAACAGAAAUGGAAGCCUUUUAGUCAAAAGCAGAUAAUUUUAUUGGAAAAGUCCUAUCAGAAAUACCAAGAAUCAAGAGACCAUGGCUGGAUUAAACUAGAUGAUAAUUUUGAGGUGAAUUUUGGCAAAGACCCAAUGGAAAUGCGCCUCCCUUUUCGGUGCCCUAUAAAAAGAGAUUUCUUAUCAGGAAUUCAGGUGGAAUUUAAGCAGUCUCCUCACCAAAGAAGUUUAAGGGCCAGGCUGUAUUGGCUUCAGGUUGAUAGUCAGUUACCGGGUACAGUGUUCCCUGUUGUCUUUCACCCUGUGGCCCCUCCAAAAUCUAUUGCUUUGGAUUCAGAGCCCAAACCUUUCAUUGAUGUCAGUGUCAUCACAAGAUUUAAUGAGUACAGCAAAGUCUUACAGUUCAAGUAUUUUAUGGUCCUCAUUCAGGAAAUGGCCUUAAAAGUUGAUCAGGGGUUUUUAGGAGCUAUUACUGCACUGUUUACUCCAACAACUGACCCUGAAGCCAAAAGAAAACGGACAGAGUUAAUUCAGGAAGAUUCUGCUGCUCUAAACACAGAAUUAGUGGAGCCCUCGGUGACUGAUACGUCCGUUCUUAGUUUCUUCGAACUUUUCCAUAUUUCUCCUAUUAAGUUGCACUUGAGUUUGUCUUUGGGUUCUGGUGGUGGAGAGUCAGACAAAGAAAAACAGGAAAUCAUUCCAAUUUAUUCUGUCAAUCUGCUGUUGAAAAGUAUCGGUGCUACUCUGACUGAUGUGGACGACCUCAUAUUCAAACUUGCUUAUUAUGAAAUUCGCUGUCAAUUUUACAACAGAGAUCAGCUGAUGUGGAGCGUUGUUAGACAUUACAGUGAACAGUUCUUGAAACAGAUGUAUGUCCUUGUAUUGGGCUUAGAUGUGCUUGGAAACCCAUUUGGAUUGAUUAGAGGUCUGUCUGAAGGAUUUGAAGCUUUAUUCUAUGAACCCUUCCAGGGUGCUGUUCAAGGCCCUGAAGAAUUUGCUGAGGGAUUAGUAAUUGGAGUAAGAAGUCUCUUUGGACAUACAGUAGGUGGUGCAGCAGGAGUUGUAUCUCGAAUCACUGGUUCUGUUGGAAAAGGUUUGGCAGCAAUUACAAUGGAUAAAGAAUAUCAGCAAAAAAGAAGAGAAGAGAUGGGUCGACAACCUAAAGAUUUUGGUGACAGCCUGGCCAGAGGGGGAAAGGGCUUCCUGCGUGGAGUUGUUGGUGGAGUGACUGGAAUAAUAACAAAACCUGUGGAAGGUGCCAAAAAGGAAGGAGCUGCUGGAUUCUUCAAAGGAAUUGGAAAAGGGCUUGUGGGUGCGGUGGCUCGUCCAACUGGUGGAAUCAUUGAUAUGGCCAGUAGCACCUUCCAAGGAAUUCAGAGGGUGGCAGAAUCAACCGAGGAAGUGUCCAGGCUCCGUUCUCCCCGCCUGAUCCACAAAGACGGCAUCAUUCGUCCUUACAACAGGCAGGAAUCCGAGGGCUAUGAUUUAUUUGAGCAAGAACUGGAAAUACAAGAGUAAAUGUUUCCUAUACUGCUACUUGAUUUCAUCCUUAAAAAUCAGAACAAACUGUGGUAUUAAUUGACUGUCCAGGUUUAUUUAGAAUGAGAGUCCAUUUUAAUGAAGUUUUCUUUACAUCUCUCACGCCUGUCUGAACUUUUUUUGGUAGUGGCUUCACUACAGAUAAAAAAAUGGUAGUAUUCCUGGUGAUACUGUGCAGGAAUAAAAGAUAAAUAAAAAAAAAAAAGAAAGGAUGCAGGAAAUGAGCUCUUUCCCAUUUAAUUGGUGGGACACUUUAUGUCCUCACAAGUGGACACUUACUAUCAUUUUGAAAAUUUCAUCUUUUCUUAUGGUAUUCACGUGCAUUUCCAGUAAAGUUGGAAAAAAAGAACAAUGCUGAAGUCCAGUCUAUUGUGUGUUCUUUAUGUAUGUGAGUCCAGAUGAUAGGAUUAUAUACCUGUGUUUCACAAAAUCACCCUCAGUUUACUCAAGUUACAGGACGGUGGGACAAAUGUUCUAAUAUUGCUCUGGGUCUGUCCCUGGACCUCAAAUAAGGGUUGGCACAUGAAUUUUGAGAACAUGGUCUUAAUCUUGUUUUCUUUUUCAACUUGCUACUCCUUCUAGGUAAAUGACAAUCAUUUCUCUUUUUUAAAAAUUAUUUUGUUGGGGGGGAGGUAAUUCGUUUCAUUUAUUUAUUUUUAUUUCUUAAUGGAGGUACUGGGGGUUGAACCCAGGACCUCAUGCACGCUAAGUAUGCACUCUACCUCUUGAGCUAUACCCUCCCCCCCAUUUUCUAAUUAUUUUCUAAUUAUUAGUAAUUUCUAAAUAUAUUCUUAGCCUUUAGCAUUUCUACUUUAUAAAAAUUAACUCUCCUUGUUGGUUAUGCUUAUUUCAUAAUUAUUAGUUUCAAUUAAUGUAAAUAGAAGUUGAAUAUGUAAUUAAGCAGGUUACUUAUGUGCCAUUUGAAUUUAUAGAUGUCUUUAUUUUUAAAAACCAAUCCUUUCGCUUUUAAGUCUGUAGAGUGGAUUCAUUAUCUUAAUGAAAGCAAAAAAAUUGUAAAUUAUUAUUUUGAAAUUAGUAGCCCCAUAGUUAAUUUUCAAAAUAAGUUAUAUUUUGAUUUCUCUUUUUUUUUUUUACUAAAGAUAGAAAUGUUUUGACUCAGCAGUGUCUUGUCUAGCAGCUUUCAUGCUUCCUCCCAAAAUUGAAACCAAAGUGUAAACUUAUAGAAUGAAGCUGUUAAUAUUCAGCUAUUUAGUUGGAUUAUAUAUUGUUUAAACUAUAGUUUCCAAGAGAAUAAAUUGAAUGCUUCAUAUUUAAAACAAGCACUUUAAAAAAGAAAGAAUGACAUCCAAAGACCAGCCUAAAACUAUAGCUGACAAACUUUUCUUGUGCCUAGAUAAUUGAGGGUUGGCAAAAAUGUCACGGCACGUACAGUUUCUGUGAGAAUCAAGCUCAGUAACUAAUUCCAGAUGCUGUCUUUAAAUCAUCACUAAUAAUUAUUCUUCCUUCUUAGGUAAAAGUAAUGAUUUCUGAUUUUCCUGGGUACAUUGCAAUUUUAGUGAGAUUUGACUUUUGGAAACUCUUAUAACUUGUUAAAGUUUUUUUCUUUACUUAUUGUUUACUUUUUGUUUGUUUAGCUCUUUAUGUUAUUAAUCUUUUCCUUGUGAUUUCUCUUUUUUACAACUGCAUGUCAGUAAGCACAAAACUUCAAGACACUUUAUUAUUUUAGCUAAAUAUAAUCAUCUUGUCUGAUUUAUUAGUUUUUGUUAAGAUUUCAGAACUGAAAGAAAUAGAAUGAUUGUACAUUAACAAGAGGACUUGGCAAUUCUUUCCCAUGGGUAGCAAGGGUAGGCCUGGGUAAUUAAGACAUUUAGGCUGUUUCAUCCCUUGUACAUCUUGCUGUAAUCGGUUAGUUGGGUACAAAGUAUUUGAUUAUCUAGACUGUGCUGGAUACACAAAAGAAAUGAGGCUUCUGCCCUUAAGGGACAAAGUAUAACAAAAGUGUGUAAGUAUUAAAGAGCAUUAGAGGGUAAAAUUAUGUCCUCCUAGUGCUUAUUGUAAUGUAGAUACAUUCUAAAUAAUUUAUUUGGGAAUCUUUUGAUUUAUCUUAUUUUCUUUUUCUCUUGAGUAUUACUUUAUAUUCUUUAAUUUAAUACUUUACUUUGAAAGUUACUAAAUCAUAUACCAUGUUUUCAUAGGAUAUAUUCUGCUUAUCCUCUGUUCUCCUAGGAUAAUUACCAUUUAUGCACACAUAUAUAUGAUAUUUAUAUAUAUGUAUAUAUCCAGUUUUUAUUUAAUAUUCAUCUUGGUUCACAUAGUUAUGAUUACAUGAUAUUUAAAAUGGUGUUCCUUGCUUUUUCAUUUUAAUUAUAUUUUUCCAUGUCCUUAGAAAUGCUUCAUUCUUUUUUUUUUUUUUUUUAGAAGAAAUGCUUCAUUCUUAAUUUUUGCCUUACCAUCUGUUGAGGGAACCUUACGUUGUAUAUUUGACCAUUCUCAGUUCUUGACAUUAAAGUUGUUUCUGUUAUUUUACUAACAGUAAUAAUGCUGUGAUAAACGUCGUUAUACGUAUUGCUUUUCAAACCUUGUAUUAUUUCUUUAGCAUUUACUUGAAAAAAUUGAGUGCUUUUGCUAAAUAUUGUAAAUUCUUCAAGUUGCAUUUUGGAAAGAGAGUGAAUAUUUUAUCAACUAAUCUGCCACAGUGACCAAAUAUCUUAAUCUGGAUCUCAGAAUGUAGUGAAUUUUAGAAGUACUGAAAACAUGGUUUCUAUAAUGUAUUAUGGUGAUAAAUUAUACUUUAAAAGUCUCAAAUUAUUUAAAGCACAAAUCCUGAUAACUAAUGAAAAUGUGUACAAGAUGGAAAGUGGGUAGUUCCUUGUAUAUUGCUUCUCAAAACUAAAUAUUUUAACCUAUUAAAAUUUCAAAGCUGAAAAUAAACGUGCUAAAUUAUUAUAUUCAUUUCCCGUAUUCUCUUUAAAGGGAUUAAGAUAUAAAUGUUAAAAGAUACUAGCUAUUCACAUGUCAAAAUGUGGAGCAAGUGACUGUUAAACUCCACUCCUCUCUGAGGUUCAUUCUGCAGAUGAGACCCCGUCCUUUGGGGAUGCAUCUUCCUUGUUCGUGGCUUUUCCUAAUUGUCAAGGAAUGACUGGGAAUCAAGGAUCUUUAAAAAAAAAAUGUGUAUUUCAGUACUGAAAUAAUAACAAGUGUACUUUCUCUGCUUGUGAUUAUUAUCGACUCUAUUAUCCUUUUGAUAAUAUUGGUGUUGUAUUCUUGGUUAUAAAAUGCUAAUAUCAUAUUUAUUAGGUAUGCUUAUGUUCUGUAUUUUUGUAUUUAAUCUCAUCUGAUUUUAAAUUGUGUAUUAUAAAUAAUGUUAAUAAUAUUUCAUUAGCAUUAGUUAUAAAAAGUAACUUACUGAUUUUUAUUGUGUAUUGACUGAAGUCACAAUAGUUCUGACAUAGUUGGAAAAAAUAAAUGUAUUUUAAUGUGCUGCUAUUUAUACUUGAAUUAUUUUAUGCUUGUAAUUGUCUUUAGGAAUAAAUUGUACCGUCUAUUUGAAA